AUGAACCAUAGGGAACCAUCAUCCAAACAAGGGGCAUUUGAGGAGGAAGAACCCAUUGAGGAGGAAGAGCCAGAAGAGGAAGAAGAAGAGACUCAAGAUAUGGAGGAAGAAGAAUUGGAGCCUAUCAACAUAGAGGUCAAGGAAGAAGAGGAACCAUUUGAGAUGUUUGCUGAAUUUCAAGAAGAAGAGAAUGAUGUGAAUGGUGAAUCUGACUAUUAUUCCCCAACCAACAAGGGAUCUGACUUCUACGCACCCUCACCCAUGCUAUACCGAAAGUUGGCAUACUUCACAAGAUCAAAGGUCGCGUUAGCAUCCCUCUCGAAAGAAGAUAAAGGAAAGCAGAAAAUGACUGGUACACUGGAUAAUGGUGGAAAUGAGCUCGUUCUCCGCGAGGGAGAUACCCAAGACCCACAGGAAGUAUCAUCUCAGGAAGAUGUGAUCGCGACAUUACUGAAUGCCGUCACGACCCUCCAAGAAAAGGUGGCUAGGAAUGAGACAGCCAAUGCUAAAAAAGGUGCACCAACUGCAGAAGGAAAGCCUCCUCCUCCUUUCCCUUAA